AUGAUUGAUAAUACUUUUGAACUCAAAAAAAUUCUCGGCAAAGGAGGCAGUUCCAAAGUCUUUCUUGCCACUGAUGCUGCUCAAAUGCAAGUCGCAAUCAAGACAAUGCGCAAAGACAAGAAAUACUCCCAACAAGUGAUCGAGACACUCGUCAAGAGAGAAGCUGAUAUGCUAUCAACUUUGGAAGGCCAUCCAAACAUUAUCCGGUGAAUGGGUUCCGAGCUCAAUGGAACCUUCACCAUGCACAACAAGUCAGAGCCUGUAGUCUACAAUGUGCUCGAGUAUGCUGAAAAUGGAGCCUUCUCAGCCUUUGUGAGAAGCACUGGACCCAUCGAAGAACAAAUUGCGAGGCUCUUCACUGCACAAGUCUGAAGCGCAGUCAACCACAUGCACAGUCUCGGGUAUGCCCACCUAGACAUAAAGUUGGAAAACAUUCUGCUGGAUGGGCUGUUUAAUGCCAAGCUUGCUGACUUGGGGUCUUGCAUUGAAGCUCCUGAGUUUGACACCAUGGUCAACAGGCGCAGAGGGACGCUUAGUUACAUGGCUCCUGAAGUUGCCAACUUGGAAUCUGGCCAAUCGUUCAUGGCCAUCCCUGCUGACAUUUACUCGCUAGGAGUGACAAUUUAUGUUAUGGUUACUGGAGAAUUCCCAAGUGCUCAAAUGCUGAAAAAAAACGUGUCAACAUCGGAUUGUGAUGCCAAGACCUCAUGAGAUGUUGACAUGGAUGAUGAAGAAAGCAACUCUGGAUGGAACCUUGUAUCAUCUGAACUUAAAGAUCUGCUUCAAUCGAUGACUCAUCCAGACCCAUACAAGCGACCUUCAAUGCUAGAAGUCUUGUCCCAUCCGUGGGUGGACUGAGAGUUCAGUCAAGAACUGAUGCAAGAAGCCUAUCAAGAAAUGUCUAGUAGGAAGGCUUACAUAAAAACAUUAUCAAAUUCACGCCAAUAACUAUAAUGGAGUGUUCCUUAAUAAAAUGUUUCACUAAUUCUUUCUUCUAAAUCCAAACUGUGCAAUAAUUUUGAAAUAUAUUUUAUCUAUUUUGAAAAAAGAUAAUUUGGGUUAGGAAAGUUAAUUCAACAAAUCGUAGAAACAGUCGAUUUGGUGAUAUACUAUUUUUAAAUCUCGCAUUUUCAUCAGUAAUUUUACUCUCGUUAUUCAAACCUAAUUGUCUUGCUAAUUUUUAGUAUGGAAAUAAAACAAUCAUAGCCUUGGUUAGGGAGCUAUAACUUUUAAUACUACAAAUCAUGGUACUUAUGGUAGUAAUUUUUUGAGGUUUUCAUAACUUUGUUGCUAAAAUCUCCACAGAGGCAUAUACUUUAAUGGCUAUAGUCAGGAAAUUAACUGAAGGCCCAGACCUCUGUUUUGGUACUAGAAUAAAAGAGUUCGAUUAGUUAUCCAAAAUAUUAAAGAAAUUAUAGUUAGAUGCAUU